AUGUAUCAACGCGCGCUCCUUCUCUCCGCAUUGGCGGCGGCAGCUCGUGCCCAGCAAGCUGGCACGAAGUGUACUGCUCCAGGCAGUUGCACUGAUGUCAAGGGAUCUGUUGUCAUUGACUCCAACUGGCGUUGGCUUCACUCCGUCGACGGUUACACCAACUGCUACACUGGCAACGAGUGGGAUGCGACACUCUGUCCCGAUGACGAGACCUGUGCCAAAAACUGUGCUCUGGACGGCGCCGACUAUGCCGGCACUUACGGUGCUACCACCAACGGCAACGCCCUCACUCUGAAAUUCGUCACCGGUGCCAAUGUUGGUUCUCGUCUGUUCCUGAUGGAGGACGACAGUACCUAUCAGAUGUUCAAGCUGCUCAACCAGGAGUUCACCUUCGAUGUGGAUAACUCCGAGCUGCCUUGCGGACUCAACGGAGCCUUGUACUUCGUUUCCAUGGAUGCCGACGGUGGUUUGGCCAAGUACCCUAACAACAAGGCCGGUGCCAAGUACGGAACUGGCUACUGUGAUUCUCAGUGCCCUCGGGAUCUGAAGUUCAUCAACGGCCAGGCCAACGUGGAGGAUUGGAAGCCAUCUGAUAACGACAAGAACGCCGGUGUUGGCGGCCACGGAUCUUGCUGCGCUGAGAUGGAUAUCUGGGAAGCCAACAGCAUUUCCACCGCUUUCACCCCCCACCCUUGCGACAGCCCUGAACAAACUAUGUGCGAGGGCGAUGCCUGCGGCGGAACUUACUCCAGCACUCGCUACGCAGGCACCUGCGACCCCGAUGGAUGUGACUUCAACUCCUUCCGCAUGGGCAACGAGAGCUUCUACGGGCCUGGCAAGAUCGUCGACAGCAACUCCAAGGUCACUGUGGUCACUCAAUUUAUCACCGAUGAUGGCACCGACAGCGGUACUCUUAGCGAGAUCAGGCGUAUCUACGUGCAGAAUGGAAAGGUCAUCGCCAACUCCGCCUCGGAUGUCAGCGGUGUCACUGGAAACUCCAUCAACACUGAGUUCUGCGACGCCCAGAAGACUGCGUUCGGCGAUGAGGAUGUCUUCGCAAAGCGUGGUGGUCUUGCUGGCAUGGGCGAGGGUCUGGAGCAGGGCAUGGUUCUCGUCAUGAGCUUGUGGGCUGAUCACUAUGCCAACAUGCUCUGGUUGGACAGCGAGGCUUACCCCAUUGAUGCUUCUCCUUCUCAGCCCGGUGUUGCUCGCGGCACAUGCGCCACUGACUCCGGUGACCCAGCUACUCUCGAGUCUCAGUCAGGCUCGGCCACUGUGACCUACUCGAACAUUAAGGUCGGCCCCAUUGGCUCCACCUACUCUUCUUAA